AUGUUUAGAUCGGAUAUGUCAUAUUCCGAGCAGAUAGAUCAGUUGGCAUCGAAAUUUGGCGAUGAGCAUGUUACACUUGAAGAGAGACAUGCUGCAAUUUCAGAAUUGUGUGAUGUGCUGGAGUUUUUGAACACUCCAGAUAACUAUCAAUCCUUUUUUAAGGCAGUCAUACCGACAGUGGUUAAACAGCUGGAAGUAGUUCCUGCGUCUUUUGACCUAGGAUCUUCCGAACAUAAGCUUAGGAACUCGAUGUUUACUGUUUUGAACAGAUGUCCCAUGAAUCAGGCACUAGAGCCUUACGUACCAAGCCUAAUGGAGGUUCUUUUGGCAAGCUUACCCAAGGAAAAUGAAGAAAACGGAGUACUUUGCAUGAAGAUUCUUACCUCGCUCUUCAAAUCAUUCAAAGCUCUACUGCAAAAUCAGGUAGAGCAAUUCAUCCAAAUAAUAGUUCAGAUUUACAAGAAUUCGCCGGAGUCGGUAAGACAGGCUUUUGAUGAGAAUAGCAGCGAAACGGUGAAUUUUGAAGACGAUGAGAUGAAGGACGACGAUCAGCUGCUGAAUGCAGAUAUUGAAGCGGAUGAUAGGGACUUAAACGGGAGACCCAAAGCAGACGAUGUUGGCAAGCAUUCAAAAUCCACGUUGUACUCUUUUAAAGUUCUGUCAGAGUGUCCAAUCACCAUGGUAACCCUCUAUUCUUCUUACAAGCAACUUACAAGCACUUCGUUGCCCCAAUUCACACCACUUGUCAUGGAUCUUUUGAACAUGCAGGUCCCACAACAGCAAAGAGCUCGAGAAGAAGCAGAGGCGAGAGGUAAAAGAUUUACGUCGGUGUCACCGGACAUCAAGAGCAGAGCGGUUUACUGUGAGUUCAUAUUGGCACAAAUUAAGGCUACUUCUUUUCUUGCCUACGUUUUCAUCAGAGGUUACGCCUCAGAUUUUCUUCAGAGCUACGUCGGAUUCAUACCCGACCUCAUAAUACGACUGCUGCAAGACUGUCCUUCCGAGCUUUCCUCUGCCAGAAAAGAGCUUCUCCAUGCCACGAGGCACAUAUUGUCUACCAACUACAAAAGACUCUUCCUGCCUAAACUGGACUACCUGUUCGAUGAGAAUGUGUUGAUAGGUUCAGGAUUCACUACCCACGAAACAUUACGGCCUCUUGCCUACAGUACCGUCGCAGAUUUUGUCCAUAAUGUACGAGCUGAACUGCAGUUAGACGACAUUGAGAAAACGAUACAGAUGUACACCGGCUACCUACUGGAUCAAUCAUUGGCCCUAACCGUGCAAAUAAUGAGUGCUAAAUUACUGUUAAACUUGGUAGAAAGAAUUUUGAAACUGGGCAAAGAAAAUCCGCAGGAGGCACCAAGAGCAAAGAAACUUCUAAUGAUAAUUGUUGAUGCUUAUAUGAACAGGUUCAAAGCCCUCAACAGUCAAUAUAACACCAUAAUGAAGUAUCACAAAAAGUAUGAGCAGAACAAGGAGGCAAAUACGAAUCACGUCCAGCAGGCUGCUGUGGCAGAUAAUCAAGAAACUGAAAAAUUUAUGAGGGAGGUUCUACAUUUUAAUAACGAGAAUGCCGGCUUGCCAGACACUAGAAGUAGGCUGCGCAAAACAGACGAUGAGGAUUCUGGGGAGGAAAUGUCCUCGAUUGAAUUUUUUGACAUCAAAAAUUAUGCCCCCCUGCUUCUUACUUCUGUAAGCACUAGCGAUCCCAUAAAGGACGCCUUUUACCUCUACCGUACCCUUAUGUCUUUUCUGAAAACCAUCAUUCACGAUCUGAAGGUCUUUAACCCACCGCCUGCUGAAUAUACCAUUAACAACCCCAAACUCUGGGCAUCCGUCUCAAGAGUAUUCUCCUAUGAAGAGGUAAUGGUCUUUAAAGAUCUUUUCCAUGAAUGCAUAGUUGGCUUGAGGUUUUUUUCCAGUAAUACCGAGAAGCCCAAUAUUCCUGUGAAGAAGCAUUUCGACAUAACAAUGCCUAGUUUGCCGGUUUCUGCCACAAAAGAUGGAAGAGAACUGAUGGAUUAUCUGGCGUUCAUGUUCAUGCAAAUGGAUAGUUCAACUUUUAACGAAAUCAUAGAAUCCGAGAUGGAAUUCAUGUACCAGAGUAUGCUCGACGAUUCGGCGCUUCUUCAUAUAGCUCAGUCAUUCCUCACAAGUGAGAUUACAUCACCAAAUUUCGCAGGUAUCCUAUUGCGGUUCUUGAAGUCCAAACUCAAGGAACUUGGCAAUGUCGAUUUUAACAAGUCAAACAUUUUGAUUCGGCUUUUCAAGCUCUCUUUUAUGUCCGUCAAUCUCUUCCCAAAUUUGAACGAAAUUGUAUUAUUACCACAUCUCAAUGACCUAAUUUUAAACUCUUUAAACUAUGCAACAUCCGCGGAAGAGCCAUUGGUGUAUUUUUAUCUCAUCAGGACGCUGUUUAGGAGUAUUGGCGGUGGCCGAUUCGAGAAUCUUUACCGCUCUAUUAAGCCAAUUCUACAGGUGCUUCUGCAGUCUUUGAACGGAAUGAUCCUUACAGCUCGCUUACCUCAUGAACGAGAGCUUUACGUGGAACUUUGCAUCACUGUCCCCGUACGUUUAAGCGUACUUGCUCCAUUUCUUCCAUACCUAAUGAAGCCUUUAGUUUAUGCCUUGCAGGGCUAUCCAGACUUGGUUUCUCAAGGCCUGCGAACACUCGAGCUCUGUAUUGACAACCUGACUGCUGAAUAUUUUGACCCUAUAGUGGAACCCGUGGUGGAGGAUGUUACGAAGGCUCUAUUUAAGUUGUUAAAGCCGCAGCCGUUCAAUCAUACCAUCAGCCACACUACUGUUAGAAUCUUAGGCAAGCUUGGAGGCCGUAACCGUCGCUUCCUGAAACCAGCAACUGAUCUGAAGACAAAAGAUGAGCUUGAUGUGGAGAUCAAUGCUCUCUUCAAAAUUAACAACAUGGCAGAUGAGGUUCCUUUGUCUGUUACACCCGGUAUUGAAGCAGCUCUCAAUAUCAUGGAGGAUUAUAGGCUGGAUCUCACCUACAAGAAGAGUGCUUAUAAAUACUUAACUUCCGUUCUUUUACUCCUGAUCAAGUCCUCAGCUCAAUUUCCAGAUAACUACGCAAUAUUGGUAGAGACAGCUGUCAAGAUUUGCUCGCUUGAUAAAAUUGAAGUCCAACCAAAUUUUACGCCUGAGCACAUGAGAGAUAAGAAAAGGUUUUCAACCCAAGAAAGUUUGAUCAUCGAUUUAUUACAGAUGGUCUUUUUUUCGGUUUCAAUACCGGAGCUUAAGGACGAUGCCAUCCAGCUAAUAAACCAAUUAACUGAUCAUUUUUGCUUAUUGCAAGUGAACGAUACAUUAAUUCGAAAGAGGAAUUACAGCAGUAUGUUCAACAUUGAUCUGAAGCAGCCGAAUGUUAUGAUCAAUAGUAAAAUUUUCGUCAAAGCUGUCUCUCAUUCUCUGUCGAGUUACAUAUCGGAUGUCAGAGAAGUGGCUGUAGAUGUCAUCAAAAAGAUUUACGAAAAAAGCAGGUUAAUAUAUGGGGAGGAUCUUCUUUACCAUCACUCUUUCGUGGUCGAUCUGAUCAAAGCCUUUAUUCACCAUUGUUAUGAGGAAGCAUUUUACGGUAAGCGCGCGGGCGUUUUAGGUAUGAAAACACUGGUUGAAGAGAUUGAAAUUUCCGAGGAGUUUUUGAAGCGCACUCAAUUUGAGUUGGUAGACGGCCUUCUGUUUGUUUUGAAGGAUACGCCUCUGCAGUCUCCAGCUAUCAUAACUGAAGAUGCGGAGAAUCUUAUGUUAAGUAUUACCAAGAAGACAUUUCACGACGUCAAAGAGGAAACUCUCGAUUCAAAAAUUGUUCAAAAUACUCUGACUGACAUUGUUUGUGAAUUAAGCAAUGCGAAUCCCAAAGUCAGAAAGGCGUGUCAGAGAUGUCUGUCAACUAUAUCAGAGACCACAUCGAUUCCAAUCGUCAGGCUAAUGGAUCAUUCUAAAAACUUUCUGCUGUCUCCUAUCUUUGCCAAACCGUUACGAGCUUUACCGUUCGCCAUGCAGAUUGGUAACGUGGACGCAGUGACGUAUUGCUUGGGUUUACCGGAUACCUUCUUAAGGUUUAACGAAGAAUUGUUCCGCUUGCUCCAAGAAGCCAUAGUCCUAGCAGAUGCUGAGGACGAAUCACUUUCAACAAUCCAAAGAGCCACCGAAUACCGAACUUCAGAGCAGUUAGUUCAACUGAGAGUAGCCUGCAUCAAGCUUCUUGCAUUUGCCUUGAAGAACGAAGAAUUUUCUGCUGCUCAACAAGGAAAUAUACGGUUCCGCAUAUUAGCUGUUUUCUUCAAAACAAUGCUUAAGACAUCCCCCGAAAUAAUCAACACGACUUAUCAAGCCCUAAAAGACGUACUGGCUGAGAAUUCUAAACUACCGAAAGAACUUUUGCAAAACGGCUUGAAGCCUAUGCUAAUGAACCUUUCCGAUCAUCAGAAGUUAACGGUCCCUGGUUUGGAAGCCUUGUCGAAGCUUUUGGAGCUCCUUAUCGCAUAUUUCAAGGUUGAAAUAGGAAGGAAGUUGCUGGAUCACAUGAAUGCAUGGUGUAGAAUUGAAGUCUUGGAUACUUUGUUCGGCCAUGACAUUAUAGAACAAAUGCCGACCAAGAUCAUAGUUCAAAUCAUAAAUGUGUUCCAUUUAUUACCUCCGCAGGCGGACAUGUUUUUAAAUGAUCUGCUACUCAAAGUCAUGCUUUUGGAGAGGAAACUGCGCCUUCAAAUGGACUCUCCAUUCCGCGCUCCGUUGGCUAAAUAUUUGAACAGAUUUCAUGGUCCAGUCAUUGAGUAUGUCAAGAAAAAUAUGGGCUUACGGCAACUUAUUCUGUUUAUGUGCAGCAUAUUACAAAAGCCUGAAGCCAAGGAUCUCGCUGACGUGUUUGAAAAAGAGCUGGGGAAUUUCUACGACCACUACAUUGAGAGCAUUUCUACCAAUCAGGUCAGGGUAGUGAGCUUUUUCGCGAAUAUGGUUGACAUGUUCUCGACCAUGGUCAAAAUCAGAGGUACACAGUGGCUAAAAGACAAGAGGGAUAUGGUUUUCAAGCUGAAAGAAAUGUUAAACUUAACUUUGAGCACAAUCAAGGAGAGCAAUUUUUACAUUGAUCAUCUUCAACUUAACCAGGCAGUCAAGCAAUAUCAAGAGAUUUAUUUGAGAUUUAUCAGCUUCUAUCCCGAAGAAAAAGAAUUACUGUUAGACUUCAUUGAGUUCUUGUUCGCAAAUGACAUUAAGCUGUCGCAUUCACUUCCGUCAUACAUCUUUGACAAUAUAAUAAGAACUCCAAGUAAGAAACAGCAAGAAGCAUAUUUGAUCGCUUGUGUUAAGUUUGUCCUAAGCGACAGGGUUCUGAACGCUCAGGUCUUCGUUUUGCAAAAUAUCGUAAAUGCUACGCUUAUUUACGAGGGAGUUCAAAAUAACAACUUAGCUCGUUUUGGAGGGGAGCAGAAACCCGAAUGGCUAGAAAUUCUUCAUAGCAAGGCUUGGAAUAGCUCCAACCAAACUCUACUCAAUAAUGUGGCCGGAGAAUGUGACGCAUAUCGUUUCGAACUACUGCAAUUGUCUGCAGUCUUUAUCAAAUGGGGCCCUGAGCUCAUAAGUGACUUUAAAAAAGAUAUCAUCAAACUUAACUGGCAUUUCAUCAAACUAAAAGAUGUUCUGGUCAAACAGGCAGCUUACUUGACAAUAUCGCUCUUCAUUUCCAAGUUUGAUUUUCCAAUUAAAGUCGUGAUGCAGGUGUUUGUUGCAAUACUAAGAUGCUCGCAAGCAGAAGCUCGUCAUUUAGCGCGCCAAUCGCUGGAUGUCCUAGCGCCUGUUUUGCACAGGCGCAUGCAAGAUUUUGACACACCCAAUGCUUGGAUAAACUGGGUUAAAAGAGUCUUAUUUGAGAAUAGCUCAGGUCAAAACAACAGCUUAUAUCAGUUUUUGAUCAAUCACCCAGACUUACUUUAUCCGUCUCGCGGCCUGUUUAUGUCUCAUAUCAUUCUCUACAUGAGUAAAGUCACAUUCAUGUCUAACAAUACGCCUGAUAAUCAUACGCUUGCGAUAGACUUAGGCUCGCUGGUUCUUCGCUGGGAAGCUAAGGCUUUGGAAGAUCGCAAACCUGCGGAGAAGUUGAGCAACCAAGAUGUGGACAUGACCGGAGAACAUGAUCCGGCAAUAGAUCAUAAUCCUUCCGAUAAUGCCAAGGAGCUGUCAGCUUAUUCAGUACCAAUGAAUCUUCGGGAAACUUGCAUAGCUUUUCUGAUCCGGUACCUUUGCUCGAGUAACCACAGAGCCUCCGAGACAGAUUUAGGAUUGCGAGCAUUGAAUAUCUUGUCUGAACUUUUAUCUGACAAGCACUGGUCCAACGUCAAUGUGAAAUUGUUCUACUUCGAGAAGUUCUUGAUGUAUCAAGACCUGGGUUCGGAGAACAUACUAUUUUACUGCAUGAAUGCACUAGAUGUGCUUCAUGUAUUUUUCCAGAAUAAGUCUGCUGCAUGGAUCAUUGAAAAUUUGACCACCAUCCAGAACCUCCUCGAAAAAUGCUUGCGGGUUGAUCACCAUGACAUUCAAGAGGCAUUGCAAAAGGUGCUAACCGUAAUUCUCAAAGCGAUCAAAGCAGAGGAGAUAAUUAACAAAGCUGAGGAAGAAAAUCCAGGAAAGACCUUUAUGAAAUUAUUAGUUACCACCGUUGAACAAGACUUACAAGGUACAUCGUCGGUGGCUGCUGGUGUCAUGUUGGUAUGGACUUUGUUUAUGGUCUUUCCCCAGAGCGUAGACCCGCUCCUGGGACUAAUCAUGAAGACUUUCAGUAAGCUCUGCAAAGAUCACUUAAGCAUUUCCCAACCGAAGGAUGCCAGCGGUGUCGAAGAGGCAAGAAUUACAACUGGGCUCCUUGAGAAAGUUCUUUGUUUACUUUCCUUGAAAGUCUCAGUUUUAGGAGAUUCCCGUCGCCCCUUUCUGUCGACAGUAGCGCUUCUGAUCGACCGUUCUAUGGAUCAGAACUUUUUGAGGAAGAUCGUCACCAUUGCUAGGAAUUGGGUUUUCAACAACGAAAUCUUCCCUACAGUCAAGGAAAAGGCGGCAAUAUUAACCAAGAUGCUAGCAUUUGAGGUGAGGGGCGAGCCAUCUCUUUCCAAAAUGUUCUAUGAAAUCAUUCUAGAUUUGUUCGAUCAGAAGCAGUUUACCAACACUGAAAUUACUGUAAGAAUGGAACAACCAUUUUUAGUCGGUACAAGGGUGAAAGACGAAACCAUAAGGAGGAAGUUUAUGGCGAUCCUGGAUAGCAGCUUAGAAAGGGAUAUCAAAGAACGCUUGUACUACGUCUUAAGAGACCAGAAUUGGGAGUUUAUUGCCGAUUACCCCUGGUUGAAUCAAGCCCUGCAGCUAUUAUACGGAUCAUUUGUCAAAUCGCAUUCUUUAACGCUCAUUGACGUUUAUGAUUUAUCUGGCCCGAAAAUCAUACAUGAAUUUUUACCAGACGAUGUUGAUGUUCCACCGGAAUCUGCACAUCCUCACCUAUCGUCUUUCAUCAACGAACACGUCGACACGUUUGGACGCGUCUGUGAAGUUAAAGCUGCAGAUAUCAUUGAGCCAUUGAUAGAGCUAUUUUAUCAGGAUUCCAAUGCCAUCCACAGAGCCUGGGUGAGCGUGUUCCCCCAAGCGUACAAAUGUAUCCCAAGAAAUGAGAAGUAUGGAUUUGUCCGGUCUUUAAUUACGCUUUUAUCCAAGCAAUAUCACUCCAGACAAGUUGCUGCAAAAAAUAACGUAGUGAGUAUGCUAUUGGACUCAAUUAGCAGGGUAGAUUCUUUAGAGCUACCACCGCACUUAGUGAAAUAUUUGGCAAUUUCCAAUAAUUCGUGGUAUCAAUGUAUUAAAAUCCUCGAGUCGGCGCCUUUUAAUACAUCAAUUGAUAACUCUAAAAUCCUGGAGGCUAAUGAGGAUGCUUUAUUAGAGCUUUAUAUCAACUUACAGGAAGAGGACAUGUUCCACGGGUUAUGGAGAAGGAGGGCUAAAUAUACUGAGACCAACGUUGCACUGUCAUACGAACAAGUGGGUUUAUGGGACAAAGCUCAGCAACUAUACGAAGUCGCCCAGGUUAAAGCUAGAAGCGGUGCAUUGCCAUAUUCGGAAGUUGAGUAUGCCCUCUGGGAAGAUAACUGGAUAAUAUGCGCCGAAAAGCUUCAAAAUUGGGAUAUACUAACAGAGCUAGCAAAACAUGAAGGUUUUACAGAUUUGCUCCUCGAGUGUGGAUGGCGAGUGGCUGAUUGGAGCGCUGAUAGAGAAGCUCUUGAACAGUCUGUUAAAAGCGUCAUGGAUGUUCCGACGCCUCGUAGGCAGAUGUUUGAAACCUUCUUGGCCCUACAAAAUUUUGCGGACACCCGCAAGGGUGAUCAAGAGGUUCGAAGACUUUGCGAUGAGGGAAUCCAGUUAAGCCUGCACAAAUGGGCAUCAUUACCUGAAAGGUUCACACCGGCUCAUAAAUGGCUCUUGCAUGGCUUUCAACAGUAUAUUGAGUUCUUAGAAGCCACUCAGGUCUACGCUAAUCUACACACAACUACGGUUCAAAACUUGGAUGCUAAAGCUCAAGAAGUCAAGCGGGUUUUACAGGCUUGGAGGGACAGGUUGCCUAACAUCUGGGAUGACGUCAAUAUGUGGAACGACCUAGUAACUUGGAGACAGCAUGCUUUUCAGGUCAUAAACAAUGCCUAUCUACCAUUAAUCCCAGCCCUACAGCAAUCAAGCAGUAAUAGCAACGUUAAUACCCAUGCCUAUAGAGGAUACCACGAAAUCGCAUGGGUAAUCAAUCGUUUUGCGCAUGUCGCUCGAAAACACAAUAUGCCCGAUGUCUGUAUCAGUCAACUGGCAAGAAUCUAUACAUUACCAAACAUCGAGAUUCAGGAAGCAUUCCUCAAACUGCGCGAACAAGCAAAAUGCCACUACCAAAAUAUGAAUGAGCUAACAACAGGCUUGGACGUCAUUAGCAACACAAACUUAGUGUACUUCGGCACCGUCCAGAAGGCCGAAUUUUUCACUCUGAAAGGUAUGUUUUUAUCAAAAUUGAGAGCGCAUGAUGAGGCAAAUCAAGCCUUCGCUACCGCUGUACAAAUUGACCUGAACUUGGCCAAAGCUUGGGCCCAAUGGGGCUUUUUUAAUGAUCGCCGUCUUUCGGAGGAACCCAAUAACACUAGCUUCGCUAGUAAUGCUAUCAGUUGCUAUUUGCAGGCUGCAGGUCUGUACAAGAAUGCCAAGACCCGGAAGCUACUUUGUAGAAUUUUAUGGCUGAUAAGUAUGGAUGAUCCAUCGGGCUCAUCAGCUAAUGCCUUUGAGUCUUUCCGUGGGGAGGUACCAGUUUGGUAUUGGAUAACAUUCAUUCCGCAGCUUUUGACAUCACUUUCUCACAAAGAAGCGAACCUAGUUCGACAAAUAUUAAUCCGCAUUGCUAAAAGCUAUCCUCAGGCCUUGCAUUUCCAACUGCGCACUACCAAGGAGGAUUUUGCGGUAAUACAGAGACAAACCUUGGCAGUAAUGGGUGAAAAGGGUGACAGUCAGUUCCAAAAUGGCUCGCAGAACGGUGGUCCACGUCAACCCUGGGAGUAUCUACAAGAGUUGAAUAAUAUUCUCAAGACGGCUUAUCCUUUACUUGCUUUAUCUCUAGAGUCGCUAGUGGCACAAAUUAAUGAGCGUUUCAAGUCCAGUACAGAUGAGGAUCUUUUCAGGCUCAUAAAUGUGCUCCUGAUUGAUGGAACUUUCAAUUACAAUCGGUUGCCGUUCCCUAGAAGCAAUCCAAAACUUCCUGCUAAUACGGAGACAAAUUUAAUAAGAUUCUCGGAGACGCUUUUGGCACCACAUAUUCGGCCAAAGUUCAAUGCUGAUUUUAUUGAUAGCAAGCCAGACUUCGAAACUUACAUCAAGAGAUUAAGAUACUGGCGGAAGCGCUUAGAGAAUAAACUUGAUAGAGCGCCUAAAGUUGAAAACUUGGAGAGAUUGUGUCCCCACUUGAGUAACUUCCAUCAUCAGAAGUUUGAGGAUAUUGAAAUACCGGGACAAUAUCUGUUGAACAAAGAUAAUAACAUGCAUUUUGCCAAGAUUGCACGUUUUCUACCUGAGGUAGAUUUUGUUCGCGGUACUCAUUCAUCUUACAGAAGGUUGACUAUUCGUGGUAGCGAUGGUGCCCUGCAUCACUUUGCUGUUCAGUACCCAUCUGUACGGCAUUCAAGGCGCGAAGAGAGGAUGUCUCAGCUGUUUAGACUAUUCAACAGAUCUUUGUCGAAAAAUGUUCAAACCAGGAGCCGUGACAUUGAGUUCACCUUGCCUAUUGCUGUACCAUUAUCUCCUCAGGUCCGAAUAAUGAAUGACAACCCGGCUUGUGAAACUUUGCAUCAGAUUUAUGAUCAGUACUGCGCAAAGAACAAUAUGGAUCCAGACACUGUUCAAGAUUUUGUCAAUGAGCAACUGAACAUAGCACAUGACAAGGCGCUACCUCCGCCAGACCUAACUGUUGUGAAGGUCGAGAUAUUUAGCUCCAUUCAGUCAAUGUUUUUGCCAACUACAGUUUUGGUCGAUUAUUUUAUGGCUCUUUUCGAUCAAUUUGAGGAUUUCUGGCUCUUCAGAAAACAAUUUGCCUCUCAUUAUGGUGCUUUUGUUUUCAUGACAUAUAUGAUGAUGAUCAAUAACCGAACCCCCCAUAAGAUCCACGUCGAUAAGAGAUCAGGGAAUGUCUUCACAUUAGAAAUGCUCCCUUCAAGAUAUCCAUAUGAAAGAGUGAAACCCUUGCUGAAGAAUACGGAUUUGAACCUACCUCCUGAUGCCCCGAUAUUCCACAACAAUGAACCUGUACCUUUCAGACUUACUCCGAACAUUCAAAAGCUGAUUGGAGAUUCUGCUUUGGAAGGUAUAUUCUCCAUCGAUAUAUUUGUUAUUUCAAGGGCACUGAUGGAGCCAGAUAAUGAACUGAAUACCUACUUGACACUUUUUAUUCGCGAUGAAGUGAUAUCAUGGUUUAGCAAUCUACACCGCCCAAUAGCCGAAAAUCCUCAAUUGAGAGAGAUGGUACAAGCCAACGUAGACUUGAUCAUAAGAAAAGUUGCUCAGUUGGGUCAUUUGAGCUCGAAUCCGGCCGUUACUACGCAGUUCAUUCUGGACUGCAUCAGCUCGGCUGUUAAUCCAAGAAAUCUGGCCAAGUCUGAUCUCAGUUACCUUCCAUGGUUUUAG